GAAGAAAAAGAGGAAAUGGAGGACAGGUCGGAAACUGUUUCACCCAAAACGGCAACAUCGCCAAAAAAACAGCUCCCUGGUGCAGAGCACGGGAGUCCGACUGAGACAGAUGGGGAUAAGACAGGUUUAGUUGUUGAAGAGGAGGACGAGCAGAGACAAACAGAGAUGGAUAAAGACAGUUAUGAUAAUGACACCAACGUCUCUGAGGACUUUAGACAGUCCUCACCUGACUGGAGCACUGAAGACUCGUUCAUUCAAUCAGAGACUGAAUCCACACAGCAGACUAAUAAAACAGCAAACCACCACAGGGCAGGAUUAAGACCCGGGAUCAGAGGUCCGAGGGGAUUACAGGGUCCACCUGGGCUGACAGGACCACCAGGGCCAAAAGGAGACAAAGGCUAUCAAGGCGUUAUGGGCCGGACCGGGCAGACGGGAUAUAGAGGCCCCAUCGGUCCUCCGGGGAUGCCUGCCAUUGUUGUGUUUAAAACCUCUGAAGAAGAGUGGGAGGCUUUCAAGAAAAAGAAGUUCUUUAAAAAGCUAAUUUCUACCUGGCCGAAACUUAAGGGGCCUCCGGGGCCUUUGGGACCUCCUGGAGACGACGGACCUAUUGGUCCACCUGGAAUUACUGGGAAACAAGGACGAAAAGGAGUUCAAGGGAAAAUUGGUAGUCCUGGACCACAAGGUAUGCCGGGUCCACAGGGCCGACCCGGAAGUGACGGCAGCCCAGGAGAGCACUCAGAUCCAGGCCCUCCUGGCUUACCUGGAGAACAGGGUCCCCAAGGCUACAGAGGAGAAAAGGGCAGCAAAGGGGAGCUGGGUGAGUGGGGUUAUCAAGGGGAGCCUGGACCACAGGGACACAGAGGACCAAAUGGUGACAAGGGAAAUAAAGGAGUGAGAGGUGUUGUUGGUGUCCCCGGCUACAUAGGACUUCCUGGAGCCAGAGGUCCUACUGGUUUUCCAGGACCAUCAGGAACUCAGGGGGAGGUUGGCGCUCAAGGCUUUAGUGGACCACCAGGCCCACCUGGCAAAAUGGGCCCCAGAGGAGUUAAAGGUUUCUUAGGAGUUAAAGGACCGCCAGGUCAUCAUGGUGGACUGGGCAUCAGAGGAGCAGCUGGACCACAGGGAGAGCUUGGUCCUGAUGGAGUGAUCGGGUUCCCUGGUGUCCGUGGCCCUCAGGGAAACCCAGGACCAGCUGGACCUCCUGGCCCUAAAGGGGACCCUGGAGAUCCAGGAGAUGAAGGAGAUAUCGGAGAACCUGGACCAUCUGGACUUAAUGGAUCCAAUGGGAAUCCAGGAAAGCCUGGACCCUCAGGUGAUCCCGGAGCUAAAGCCAAGUGGGGUGAAAAGGGUGACCCAGGGUUUAAGGGUGACCUGGGACCUCCAGGGCCUCCAGGUAAACAAGGAUUGAAGGGGCGACGAGGCCCUUUGGGACUUGAGGGGCUUAGAGGCCCAACAGGGCCACCAGGACUUCCUGGAUCCAGCGGCUUUGAUGGCAUAAUGGGGGAGGAAGGGAAGCAAGGCAAAGAUGGACUGAAGGGAGAUCGAGGGCCAGAUGGUAGCCAAGGAAUUCCUGGGCCUCGAGGAGACAAGGGUCGGGAAGGUCGAGCAGGAUUUUCUGGAAUGCCUGGUCCAAUUGGAGAGAUGGGAAAAUCUGGAGAGAGAGGACUUGAAGGAGAACCUGGUAUUAAGGGGAAGCCUGGAGUCCCAGGAGUGACUGGACCUAAAGGUCUAAAGGGGUUUCAAGGACAUGUAGGAAACAGGGGACAGGACGGACCUCCUGGAGCUCUGGGACCUCUUGGUGCAAAUGGAAUGAAUGGGGACACUGGACCUCCAGGACUGAAGGGAUUGCCGGGGAAGACAGGAGCUCCUGGCCUUCAAGGACCUGUAGGCAAGAGUGGAGAAGCUGGCAGCAGAGGAGUGAAGGGGGCACCAGGAAAGCCUGGGGAGAGAGGGGUUAAAGGUAAAGAAAGCCCAGGAGGACUUCCAGGAAGUGAAGGCUUAAAGGGUAAGAGAGGCGAGGAGGGACCAAGGGGAAAACAAGGCCACCCAGGGGAGAUGGGUAUGCCUGGUCCACGGGGAUACAGAGGAUCUCCUGGUAUCCAGGGUAACAUAGGACCAUGGGGUGAGGUUGGGCCCCGUGGCCUUCCAGGUGACCAGGGGCCACGAGGUCCAGUUGGCCCUAUUGGACUUAUCGGUUACCCUGGUAAAGAUGGACCUCAGGGAUCAAUUGGAUCACCUGGUGUCAAAGGAGAUCAGGGAUCUAGAGGAGCUUUGGGGCAGGAGGGAGUUGCUGGUCUCGAUGGUGAGGAGGGUCCAGUUGGACCGAGGGGACCUGAGGGUCUAGCUGGACAAAAAGGCACAGCGGGUGACCAGGGGGACACUGGGCACCCUGGACAGAGAGGGUCAAAGGGAGCUGAAGGUAACAGAGGCAACCAAGGACCACAGGGAGCAAAGGGAGCACCGGGGAGACAGGGAUACAGGGGUGCACCAGGGGACAGAGGAAGAGUCGGUGUUCCAGGCCUCAAAGGUGAACCAGGUACCCGAGGCUCAUCAGGCAAGCCUGGACGGUUCGGACCAGGGGGCAACACUGGGACGGCAGGAGCCAAAGGCCAGAAGGGGUUCCUUGGACACACUGGCCCUCCUGGCAGGUUAGGGCCCCUUGGACAGAUUGGACCAUCAAUACCAGGUUUGCCAGGCACGAGAGGUGUUCAGGGCAAAACAGGAAUCCCUGGACAAAAGGGCAGUCAUGGUGAGGACGGAAAGCCCGGACUUCCUGGCCUCAAUGGAGACAGGGGUAUUAUAGGUCAAAGGGGUGCAAAGGGAGAGUCUGGAACAAGAGGCACAGUGGGAACUUUGGGGAAGCCAGGAUUCAUUGGCAUUCCAGGUGCUAAAGGGAAACCUGGACCUGCUGGUCCUCCAGGUCUUCCAGGAACUAAAGGAAUUCAAGGGUCAAAGGGAAAAAGAGCCCAGCCUGGAAGGAAAGGAAACAAAGGAGCUCCUGGAAAAACUGGAGAUGAAGGCUCGCAGGGCAGACCAGGACCUGCUGGACAACCUGGAAAACCUGGCCUGAGCGGGUUGGAUGGUUUACUAGGGGUUGAAGGAAAUGAAGGAGAUCCCGGGGAUAUUGGUUUCAGAGGAGCUCCUGGAAUGCCUGGCAGGCCUGGCAAAAUGGGGAUACCUGGACCUCCUGGAAUCAGUGGAAACACUGGAGCACCAGGCUUCAAGGGUAAAGCUGGACCAAAAGGGAAAAACGAGCCACCAGGACCAAUGGGGCCAAAGGGUAUUCCAGGACUGAGAGGAGAGAAGGGCGAAUCUGGAGGUACUGGUCAAAAGGGUCUCCCUGGUGACACCGGAAUACUGGGACCAAUUGGGCCACCGGGGCUUAAGGGCAACCCUGGUUUGCAGGGCCUGAAAGGUCAAAGAGGUCAUAAAGGAAAGCAAGGAGAUACUGGUCGUCAUGGUCCGCGUGGGCAGAAAGGCUUACUUGGACUUCCUGGCGGGCUUGGAAAGAAGGGGAUGAAAGGUGUUGAAGGCAGGAGAGGGCAAAAGGGAGUCAAGGGCAAGCGUGGACCUCCAGGAAAACCUGGUGCACCAGGCAAGAGCAGGCCUACACAAAGACGGGGAUCAAAACCAGAUCAAAGAAAUGAGCAGAGGCCUAAAGCAAGACCCAAUACAAGACCAAGAGUGAAGAAUGUGCCAAGAUCCAUACAAACACCCAGGCUCCUGAAGCAAAGAUUAGGACAACAAAAACAGCCCAGGCUGGUGUCCAGGAGGUUGUCGCAAGCAGAUGAGGCUAAGGAAUUCAGCUGGCCUCAGGGAACUAAAGAUGACCCUGCCACCACCUGCUACGAGCUGGCACUCAUACACCCACAUCUGAAUGAUGGUUACUUUUACAUGGACCCCAACCAAGGCUGUCCCUAUGAUGCUGUGAAGGUGUUCUGUAACUUCACAGCAGGAGGAACUACUUGCAUCGAACCUUUACAAUCACAGAUUAAGUUAUCUUGGGAACCAGACAAGAUGAAAUCGAAAAUGUCCAUCCAGUGGUUCAGUCAGCAACAUGGUGGAAGCAAGUUUGAGUACGCUGAUGUGGAUGUUGUCCAGCUGAGGUUUCUGCGGUUACACAGCCACGCAUCUUUCCAAAACAUGACUCUCAGCUGUUCAGAAAACCACGCCGGUACUGCUGACGCAAAUGAUUCAGCCAAGAGGAUUAUUCACUUCCUGGGAGACUCUGGCAAAGAAAUUAUGUCACACCUUACCACAGUGUCCAGGAAGGGCUGUGAGGUGGAGGUGGUUGUGAUGGUUCAGGGGAGCAAAGAGCUCGAUCGAGGUGAUAUGGAGUUACUUCCUCUCAGAGAUUUUGGUGUAGAAAAGACAUCAUUAGCUCCCCUUGUCCCUGAGAUCACUGCUGUUUUGGGCCCCCUCUGCUUCUUGUGACCUAUGAAGAGUGUGUUUUUGUAUGUGUGUGUGUGUGUGUGUGUGUGUGUGUGUGUGUGUGUGUGUGUGUGACGAAAUUCUGUAAAUAUCUUUGAUUAAAAAAAGACAUAAAUAUACUGUUUGAUGGUUACAUAUUUUACAUGAAGAAUUUUGUUAGAUCAAAGUUGCUCAGUACUGUAUUUUGGUGUGUAUUUAUUGAACUGCCUCAAGUAUUUUCUAAAUUGUUAUUAAAUGUUGUGUAGCAUUCAGUGUUUAAAUGAAACUGACUUUGAGCUUAAAGUGUUUAUAUGACAACUCGAUGUAUCCUCACAGGAGAAUGACGUGCAGCACUAUCAAAAUAAAAUGAUGAGAUUGAACAUGUGGAAUUAAAAGCAGUUACAAUUUGGAAUUUAAGA